ACUUCCAGUCAGCAGUGGGGAAUCGUACUCAUCUGCUGAAAUCGACUGUUGCUAGAAAAGUUUUACUUAUAUAGCAGUUUUAGGUGUUGGAUCUUAACUCAAGUCGUCGUCUUUCCUGGAAAAAGAAGUGUCAAAAGUCAAUCAUUUACUUUUGCAUGUCUUUCACCUAUUGUGGAUUUCUGAUGUGUGUUUUUUAUGAUAAGAAUUAACUGAGCCAUUUGGUUUAAUUAUGAAGAUGAAAUGAAGUUAUUGAGCUUAAAAAGAUUUAAAUCCUACUCAGUAUCUGGGCAUGAAUUCAGGCUUGAAACCCCUGCAUCACCCCCAAUUAUUCGUCUAUUCUUUUUCCAUAUUCGGCUCACACUUUUUUAAAGGGCAACCUUUUUCACUGGCUUAUCAGAAAGCAGAAACUAUACCUAAAAAGCUUCACAGGAUGAUUCUUUCUAGAUGCCAAAAUACUGCCCUGGCAAUAUCAAAUGGCUGUAUUCUCAUUCCAACAGAAACCAUAUCUAAGAUUCUCAAUUGGUCUCCAUGGAGAAGCUUGGCCACCAACACCUUCUUUUCACUCUCCUCCUCGUCUACUCCUCAUCUAAUCUGCACCUUGCUUCAGGAUACACUCUUCCAACUCAAUACUUCAUCAACUGUGGGUCAAGCUCUAACGCCACAGUCAACCGCCGGAACUUUGUCGGAGAUGUGAAUUCCGGCUCAUCCUAUUUCUCCGUAAGACCAAGCGAUGAUUUGAAGGAUGGCAACCCAGAAAACGGUACAUCUCCUCUCUACCAAACAGCUAGAAUUUUCAGAAAUGAAUCUUGGUAUGAGUUUCGAAUCACUGAAAAUGGCACCUACGUGGUACGCUUUCAUUUCUACCCUUUCUUGACGCCAACAAAUCUUACUGAUGCUCUCUUCAAUGUUUCGGUCACUGGGUAUUCAUUGCUGUCCAAUUUCAGAGUCCAGAACAGAAGCAACUCUCCUGUAAUUAAGGAAUUUGCAAUUCCCAUUGAUGUGGGAAACUUCACCAUCCGCUUCACUCCUCAAAAAUCAUCUUUUGCAUUUGUAAACGCGGUAGAAGCGUUUCUUGCCCCUGAAAAGUUCGUUUCAAAUGGAUCGCGUUACAUUACUCCUGCCGGAAGUGAAGCUAACUACAGUGGUUUUGAAUCUCGGGCUUUACAUAUAAUCCAUAGGAUAAACGUUGGAGGCCCGACAAUCCCACCAAAUAAUGAUACACUCUGGAGAAGUUGGACACCCGACGAUGAUUAUCUACUUCUCCCAGGUUCUGCCAAAAAUAGUGAGGCCUCCAAUAAUACGCUCAACUACGAUCCUUCGGAAGCUACUAACUAUUCCGCCCCGGUUGAUGUCUACAAGACUGCCAAAGAACUUAAUAGAAGUUACAGCAACUCAUCAUUCAAUGUAACCUGGGGUUUCAGGGUGAAUAAGAAUUCUACCUACUUCGUGAGGGUGCAUUUCUGUGACAUAAUUAGCCAAGAUGAAGAUGGUAUUGUGUUCAAUUUCUCCAUUUAUAGUCGGUUCAUUGAACUUAUAUAUUCAUAUGGCCCCACCACCAAGAUCGGAACUCCAUUUUACAAGGAUUAUGUGGUUGAUUCCGAUGAUUCAAGUCUUAUGAAUAUCAGUAUAGGCUCUCGAUCUGAUUCACCAAACAAGACUGCCUAUCUGAAUGGGCUCGAGAUUAUGGAGCUUAUAACCAGGGAAUCUGGCUCAUUGCCUGCGCCAAGCAAGCCGAAGAAAAACCUUAUAUUCGUUAUAGUAGGUCCUGUUGUUGGCGUACUGGCUUGUCUCCUUAUCCUGCUGGGGGUAAUCUUGAAAUGCAGGAAAGCAAACUCUGAUGAAAGUGGAGAGUUUGGAGGAAGAUACUUCAGUUGGAUAACUGAUAGGUCUUCCGAUAACUCCGUUGUUUCCAGUUUAAACCUGGGGUUAAAAAUACCCCUUUCUGAAAUCCGUCAUGCAACUCAUCGCUUUGACAAAAAAUUGAUGCUCGGUGAGGGUGGGUUCGGGAAAGUUUAUAGAGGAACUCUUCGGGAUGGGAAGAAAGUGGCUGUCAAACGAAGUCAACCAGGGCAAGGCCAGGGCUUGUACGAAUUCCAAACUGAAAUCAUUGUCUUAACCAAAAUUCGCCACCGCCACCUCGUGUCCUUGAUUGGAUAUUGUGAUGAGAGGCGUGAGAUGAUACUGGUUUACGAAUUCAUGGAAAAUGGGACUUUACAAGACCUCCUAUACGAUUCCAAUGAGGACUGCUCAACGUCAUCUCCCCGAUCAGAACUGUCUUGGGAGCAAAGGCUUGAGAUUUGCAUUGCUUCAGCUAUGGGUCUUGAUUACCUUCACCGUGGCGCCAGAAUCAUUCACCGCGAUGUUAAGUCAACGAAUAUCUUGCUUGAUGAGAAUUAUGUGGCUAAAGUUGCGGAUUUCGGUCUUUCAAAAUCAGGCGAUGCAGAUCAAACCCACGUCAGUACUGACGUCAAAGGCAGCUUUGGUUACCUUGAUCCUGAAUAUUUCAGAUGCAUGCAGUUAACAGAUAAAUCGGAUGUAUACUCCUUUGGAGUAGUUCUCCUGGAAGUGCUCUGCUCUAGGCCAGCUAUUAAAAGGUCAGUUCCCAGGGAGGAAAUGAAUUUAGCUGAAUGGGCGAUUUCAUGGCAAAAGAAAGGGGAGCUUGAAAAAAUUGUGGAUCCUUUUCUCGUGGGUAAAAUCAAUCCUAACUCAUUGCGUAAAUUCGGAGAAACGGCAGAGAAGUGUUUGAGAGACUCUGGUGCUGAUAGGCCUACCAUGCGUGAGGUGGUAUGGGAUUUGCGAUAUGCACUUGAUCUGCAACAAGCUAGGAUUCCGAGAGAAGGAUAUGGCGACAGUAUCACCGAUGAUUCUUUCGACUACUUGCCACUGUCUGGUGUUCCGUACGUGCCUUCUCCUAGCUUUCUUUUAAUUGAGGAAGAUGAAGUCCCCAUAGAAGGUGAUGAUGGUUCAGAAGCAACUGCUAGUGAAGUGUUCUCCCAACUGGGGAUCAGUGGUGCCAGAUAAUCUCAUCUCGACUGGUAUGAUGGUUUGAGGUUUAGUUGUGUGGCUUUACUUUCUUCAGCUUCUAUCUACUGUGAACUUUACUUUGUUGAUCGAUUUUCUUUUGUUAACUUUAAUGUGUUUGCUUCAGCAAAAAGACUGAGGAACAGUUGUAUAAUGCCCAUCUGCAGAAUCAUUGUAGCAUCUGUAAAACGAUCUCUCUAUUCAUGAACUAUUAAUUUUCUUUAGUGCUUUAA